UCUUGAAGGCACACCGGAAGGCUACGCUCUGCUAGUUUAUUACGUCCUCUGUUUUCCUCUGUUAUCUAAAGGAGAUGUGGCCACCGCCCUCCGCUUUCGAGCUCGCCGGAGCGCCGGGAUAUUCCCGGUCGUCGCCUCGGAGGAGAAGGGAAAUCAUGGACUAUGUCUUCUCUUCGGGUCGGAUCCAGGCCUCUGCCGUUCCCUUCUCCUGGGAGCGACGUCCGGGCAUCUCCAAGACCGCUGCUGCGGCCGGCGGGUUCGGCCACCUCCUCCCCCUGCCUCCCGCCCCUGCCGCCUCCCACAGGAAGCGAUCCGCCGCAUCCCACAGGAAUCGAUCCGCCACCUCCGCCGGAGACGAGGACCCCUUCGCCGUCGCGCUGGCGGAGUGCGCCAAGCGCCCGCCGGGCCCCUCCAUCGAGGAGCUCUUCACGCCGAGACGAGCCGCCACGGCGACCCGACAGCAGCCGGUUUCGUCGUCGGCGCGGUCUAUCUCCGACCUCCUGGGCCUCCACGCCGUCUCGUGCAAGGCCAGGUGCGCCGUCGCCGACUCCGUCGUCUUCCUGCCACGCUCUCCCGGUCCGCAAGGCAGCGCCUCGUUUCCGUACGGUAUUUCGUCGGCGUGGUCGAUCUCCGACCGCCUGGAUCUCAUCGCCGGCUCGUGCAAGGCCACGUGCCCCGUCGCCGACUCCGCCGUCUACGUGCCUCGCCGUCCCGGCCGCGAGGAAGCGCCUCGCUGCCGUACCAUCUGUCGAACCGCGGGUUCGGCUAAGCCGGACCGGCCCAACAAGUGGCAAAAGAAGCAGCCAGCCCAACAAUAGUGGCGGCGCCCCACACAAUUGGCCCAAUAGUAGAUAAAUCGGGAAAGGACAUCGAAGUGGCCCCAUGUGGCCCUAAGUCCAGAACCAUGCAAUGUACGUUAAUAAAAUAAUUGCAUGCAAUAUUUAAUUAUUA